AUGGAACCCAGCCGUAACACCGGCAAUCCUCCCUACAAGAGCCACGGAAGCAGCAACGAUAUCCCCGCCAACAAACAUGAAUUCCCUCGAGGCCCCGUUGCCGCCCCGUCCAUCUGCGUCAGCCUCGUCACACUUCCCCUCGGCGACGACAACUCGCGUCUGUUGUUCUCUCGGCUCCGAUCCGGCAGAACAAAAAGGGACCUGGCAGCCGCCAAGACGCCGAUACCCCCGACGGCGUAG